AUGCUUCUUAGAGUGGGAAAGCUGUAUGUGACAAGUCACAUGAUUAUGGAAUCAACAGUAACUUUUCAUCUUCUCAUCUUAUGCCGUAAGCAUGUGGUUCAGACUCAUAAACGCUGUCGCAAUCUUUGUUUCUGCGUUUGGAGGCAUGCUGAGAGGAAUACAAAUGCAAUAUGUUCACCCAGGGAUGUCAAUCAAUCCAGGACUUGGACUGCUGGCGCUACAUUGAAAUGCUUUUUAGUAUAG